GCCACCGUACCCCAACCCCUCUCUGUAGAAGUUGUAACUGGCUAGGCAUGUAGGCAGCUACUAUGCCAGCAACUCCAAGUCUGUACGUAGGUGACCGUGAACCGUAUGAGUUGUUGAUCCUAGGUUGUAGCUGUUACAACCCGAGUUACUGUGAGCCUGAGGGCUUCACGCCUGAGCCACCGCGACGGCCUGAGCGCCGUGCUGCAUUAGAGAACGAAGGUCAAGAUGAUUCCCUGGAAGUAGAACGUCGGGAACAGCAGGCAGAAUUGGAUGAGCUGUAUGAGGAGGAGAGGGUAGCGAGUCAGAUGAAGCAAGAGAGCGAGGCGGCGGAGAAUGGCGAUACAAAGCAGAAUUGCGAGGUGGAACAGGAAGAUGAUAUCGAGCAGAAGAACGAGAUGAGGCAGGACGGCCAGGAUUAUGAUUGGUAUUAGAGGGGCAUGGUGAUUUCUUCUAGGCGGAUGAGGGUUGCCAAUGGGACUGGCUGCGGAAAGGCGCGGUUGUAGAAUAGUCUCGAUGUACU